AUGUGCCGCAACUACCGGCCCAUGUUGUGCGCAGAGGGGCGCAACUUUGAAUUCUUGGAAUGGGUGUACGAGGUUGGAUUGGACAUGCCCUUCCCGAAGCUCUCCAAGGCCUUCCGUCAGGAGAUGAUGCCACAACUGUCAAGAGCCGACGCAUGGAUGUGCUCCAUUCCAGCAGUCUGGUGCUGGCUUCUUUGGGAUGCAGCGCAAACGCACCCGGAUGCUUUAGGCCGCACCACUCCGAUCUUUGCAUAUCUAGGCUUGCCGAUUCUACAACACGUGCAGCGACAUGAACGCUCGGCAUUCUUAGAAGCUUUCGUAGCGCUGGGCAAGAGCGAGCGCAACAUCAUGGCAGCGAACAAUGCCUACUUGGCUGAGGAGGUGGCGUGGCAGACAGGCCUGCGAGUUCCGACGUUGAGAAUACAUGGGCUCCACACUAACGUGACGUACCUGCCCCUUCGCAAUUCCGAGGUAUUGAUAUCUCGGCCUGGAACCAGCGGUGGAUGGCAAGAGUGCAUUCUGAAUCGUUUCGUGGAUGCGAACCCUGACUAUGCACUACGGUUCGUGCAAUUCACAGACCUGCUGGACCCCUACACCAUAGAAGAGGUCUACAACGACACACUCUCAUAUCAAAGCUUGUCCCAUUAUCGAGCUGUGGUGGCCUUUCCUUAUGACACGUCCCUGAUGUUCUUCUGGGAGUUCUAUUCUAUGAACAUGCCGACCUUCGUGCCCUUCCAGCUAUGGCAUUGGGGCAUCUUUGGUCAGCACACGCGACCGGACUUGGGUGAGCUGCAGCUCCUGCCCGGACGAGGCCCGGUGCUUUCGACGCUGACUCCGGAAGAGGACCGGAUGCCAAACCCCUUCUUCGAUGGCUUUGGCGCUCUGGAUUUGCAGCGCGCCAUAUUCUGGUCCAAGUACACCGACUGGGCCAUGUUCCCGCACGUGCAGUAUUUCAAGUCUUUGCCGGACCUCAUGAGUCAGCUGGUCACGGUUGACCUACAGGCCGUGUCCGCCGCCAUGAAGAAUUUCAAUGAGGAGUGCCUCGUCAAAAGUGCGGCUACAUGGCGAUACGUGGUUGAGCGCUUCCUAGAUUUGCAGCCAGGCCUUCUGACGCGAGCGGUCCUCGGUCGAGUACCGUGCGCUGAAGUUCCGACCCUGGAAGGGCGGAGAAUCUCGAGGGCAUCCCACGCAAGGCAUCCCAGGACAUCGUCCUGCAGCAAGGCAUCGCGAAGGGCCUUGGCGCAGGCUGCGGAACAGUCCUGA